AGCUCUACGCAAUUAUAUAUAUUGCACUCAAGUAUCAGCUGAUUGUCGUUCAGACUCGUUGUAUUGCUUGAUUUCUUUAUCAUUUAGCCUCAUUUUGUUAAUUUUUUUCCUUAUCAUUCUUAACAAUUGAAAGUGGUUAAACCAAGAUGGCAAACAGUUCUAAAAAGGAAGAAGUGGAUAAUACUAUUAAUCAUGUGCAGUUUGAUGGUUUAGCGGUUAUGAAAAUCAUUAAGCACUGUCAUGAGGAGAGUACCACCAUGAACGUGGCCCAAGGCGCUUUACUGGGUUUAGUGGUGGAUAAAUGCCUGGAGAUCACUAAUUGUUUUCCUUUCCCAAAGAGCGAUGAUGAAACUAUGGAUGAAGAGAUGUAUCAGUUAACUAUGAUGCGUCGCUUGCGAAGAGUAAAUGUAGAUCACUUCCACGUGGGUUGGUAUCAAAGCUCACAUGUUGGAGACUUUCUGUCGAUGGCUUUGCUUGAAUCGCAAUAUCAUUACCAAACGAGCAUUGAAGAAUCGGUUGUAGUUAUCUACGAUACGCAGAAGUCGGCCCGUGGUUUCUUGUGUUUGAAAGCUUAUCGUCUGUCCCCUCAAGCCAUACAAAUGUAUAAAGACGAUGAUUUUACUCCGGAGGCUUUACGCAAGUUAAAGGUGGGUUACGAGAAAUUGUUUGUGGAAAUACCCAUAACCAUUAAAAAUUCACUAUUAACCAAUAUUAUGAUGAGUGAAUUAUGUGAAUUAUCGAGAGAAGAGCAGGGACAUAAUUUUCUAGACUUGGCUACGGCCACCGUAUUGGAAAAUCAUAUGCGUGGUCUAAUUGAACGUGUCGAUGAAUUAUAUCAAGACGCGGUACGUUAUAAUAAGUAUCAACAGGUCGUUUUUAAACAAGAAACCGAAAAGCAUCGCACUUUGGCUAAACAAGCUGCUGAAAAUGCUGCGCGUCUUGCCAAAGACGAAAGUCCUAUACCGGAAGAAGAAGUGCUAAAACAAUUUCGAUCUAUACCAGCGCCGGCUCGACUUACCGCUACUAUAACAUCUGGACAAAUAAAUACCUAUUCUCAGCACAUGUCACAGUACUGCUCGCAAGCGCUGGCGAAAUUGCUUGUUAGCCAAGCUUUGCAACACGCCAAAGAAGUCAAGCAAAACAAAUAGUGCAAAGUCCUAAAACAAAACCGUAUACACAUCGUAACAUUAGCUGUUUUAAAAAUGUAAAAUUGUUGAACUACUAAGCGCAUAAAGCGCUACAAAUUUAUUUUGUGUUUAAACCAAAUAAAGUUAUAUUUAAAUAAGCCUAACGAGGCAAGGGCUUCUUG